CACUGACUCUGUGCUCUUGCAUUCUUGACCAAGUCGUUAGCUCCAUCUUGCACGGUAAUUCAAGGUUCAAUAUAUUCUCCGCUGUCUGUCAAUACCAAUGAGCAUAGAUCUCUGCUCUGUAAGCUUCCUGAAUAAUGGAUAGCAGAAGCAGAUCUGCCUCCCUUCUUUGUUUUUUGUGUUUGCUGAUCCUAAGUGUUCAUUCUUAUUCUUGGAAUGACGCUAUAGAACAGGGCAAACAACUCAGAUAUGGGGAGCUACUGCAGUCAUCUUCUGGCAUUUUCAAAUUAGGAUUCUUUCUAUCUUCCAGAAUGAAAAAUGAGUCCUACUUCGGAUUAUGGUACGAUUCCUACAGGCUCGAAGGUGAAGAAAACGAUAGAAGAGUCUGGAGUCCACUCUGGAUUGCAAACCGAGAAGCCCCAAUCUUCAACCGUUCUGGAAUUCUUGUACUCGACAGUAAUGGGAACCUGAAGAUUUUAUCCGGUGAGACAGAGGUCAUCACUUUAUACCAUACUCAGACUUCUAUAAAAGCCAGUGCCAUUCUACGGGACGACGGUAAUUUUGUACUCCAGCAGUUGAAUCCAGACGGAUCUGUGAAAGGCAUUCUAUGGCAAAGCUUUAAACAUCCCACAGACACUCUGCUGCCCGGAAUGAAACUAGGAAUUACAACAAAUCUAACAUCGGGGAUUAGUUACUUUUCCCUGGCCUCAGGCCCCUAUACACUCGGUAUGGAUCCCAAUGGAACAAAACAAUUGGUCAUAUGGCGACGUGGGGAUGUCUACUGGAGAAGUGGAAGUUGGCAAGAGAGCAGCUCUGACUUUCCAUAUAUUCCUCGGCAUGAUUAUGGCUACAACUUUAGUUUCACCCAGAAUGAGAAUGAAACGUAUUUUAGUUAUACUGAAAACCACUUAUAUUCCUUCCCAAGUAUAAAAAUAAGCUAUGAUGGUGAACUAAGGAUGUCUCAAGGCGCAAAUUCCUACCGCAUUAUUUCAUGUUAUGGACCUUAUGAUUACAACAAAGGCUGUGGAAAGGUAAAUCUUCCUGAGUGCAGGGUUCCUGAGUGCAGGGGUACCAUUCGCCUUGAUCAUGAUUUUAGAUACAGAUUCGGGAGGCAAGGCAUAAUGUUCACCAACGGAUUCAGAUUCUAUGAGAGUGAUAACCUAACUCUCGAUGCUUGCAGGGCCAAAUGCUUGUUGAAUUGUUCUUGUUUUGCCUAUGCUGCCACAAAUAUUGAGGAUCAAACAGGCUGUGAAAUUUGGACAUCAAAUGGAAUUUUUAGAGAAACAAAGUCUGAUGCCCCUGGGCGGACCAUAUACAUCAUUCGUUCCAAAAGGAACAAAUGGUGGCUGUGGCUAACCAUUGCUGUUGGAGGAAUACUGGUCCUACCCAGUUUAUUCUCAUACUGUUUUGUGAUUUGGAAAAAUUGCAUUUCAGAAGGAGAUGAAAACAUUGACCAGAGGACGCUAAUAAAAGAACUAGAAGGCAGUGAGUUUCCUCUCCUCCCAUUUGGAAAACCAAAGCGCUAUAAGAAAGAAAGAAAUGAUUUGCAUGCAUUCGGCUUUGAAAGCAUUGCCUCUGCCACAAACUAUUUUUCGAAUGCAAAUAAGUUAGGGGAGGGCGGCUUUGGACCAGUUUAUAAGGGAAUAUUACAUGAUGGGCGAGAAGUAGCAGUAAAGAGACUAUCCCCUAGUUCAGGACAAGGCAUUACAGAGUUCAAGAACGAAGCAAUGUUAGUUGCAAAGCUCCAGCAUACUAAUCUUGUGAGGGUUCUAGGCUUUUGCAUUCAAGGAGAUGAAAAGAUGUUAAUCUAUGAGUAUAUGCCAAACAAAAGUUUGGAUUCCAUUUUGUUUGAUGUUGUUAAAAAGAAAAUAUUGAAUUGGAAGAGACGCUUCGUCAUCAUUGAAGGGAUUGCUCAAGGGCUGCUUUAUCUUCAUAAGUAUUCAAGAUUGAGAGUGAUUCAUAGAGAUUUAAAGGCCAGCAACAUUUUACUUGAUAAUGAGAUGAAUCCAAAAAUAUCUGAUUUUGGGAUGGCUAGAAUUUUUGGAGAGAAUGAAUCAGAAGAAAACACAAGUAAAGUUGUUGGAACAUAUGGUUAUAUUUCCCCAGAAUAUGCCUUUCAUGGCCUUGUUUCAAUCAAAACUGAUGUGUUUAGCUUUGGAGUUCUACUGUUGGAGAUUGUAAGUGGUAGGAAGAACACAAGUCGUUAUCAUACUGAGCAUCCUUUGAACCUUAUAGGAUUUGCGUGGCAACUUUGGACUGAUGAUAAAGGUUUGGAGUUAAUUGAUCCCACUUUGGAUGAAUUUUGCCCUCAUGAUCAAAUUUUAAGGUGCAUCAAUAUUGGCCUCUUAUGCGUACAAGACCAUGCCGUGGAUAGACCCACCAUGUCUGAUGUUGUUUCAAUGCUUUCAAACGAGACUACAUCUCUGCCAGAACCAAAUCAACCAGCUUUUUUCAUCACCACUGCAAAUGUGAAAGAAGCAGGUGCUCCUAAAAUCAACUCUCAUCAUUGUUCCAUAAAUCAGUCUGUUCUAUGCUUGGUUAAUGGAACCAAUGGUUAUAUUUCUCCAGAAUAUGCCUUUCAUGGCCUUGUUUCAAUCAAAACUGAUGUGUUUAGCUUUGGAGUUCUGCUGUUGGAGAUUGUAAGUGGUAGGAAGAACACUAGUCGUUAUCAUACUGAGCAUCCUUUGAACCUUAUAGGAUUUGCAUGGCAACUUUGGACUGAUGAUAGAGGUUUGGAGUUAAUUGAUCCCACUUUGGAUGAAUUUUGCCCUCAUGAUCAAAUUUUAAGGUGCAUCAAUAUUGGCCUCUUAUGCGUACAAGACCAUGCCGUGGAUAGACCCACCAUGUCUGAUGUUGUUUCAAUGCUUUCAAAUGAUGAGGCUGUAUCUCUGCCAGAACCAAAUCAACCGGCCUUUUUCAUCGCCACUGCAAAUGCAAAAGAAGCAGGUGUUCCUAAAAUCAACUAUGAUCAUUGUUCUAUAAAUCAGGUAUCAAUUUCAGUGAUGGAAGCUAGAUGAUUGUUCCAUUGAGAUUCUGAUAUGAUAUUUGUCUAUGUGAUAGUACUGUGUGAUGGGGAUUUUAUUUUCCAUGUUCUAACUAUUGUUGGUGAUAAAACUAUAGACUAAAUAAGUUGAAAAAUUACUCUUAGUUGUGUCAAGAUGAAUAUGCAAAGAAAUGCAUUAGUUUCGC